AUGGGAGCGAAGCAUCAAAUUGGACUUUUUUCUCUUUUUCUCUUUUAUUCCCUCAUUUUCACCCAUCAACCGGAAAUCGGACCGAUUCCAUGCCAACGAAUCUUUCAAAACUACUCGAAUCAAACGAUUGCUCAAGGGUUGCUGGUAUGUAAACAGAUCAACAACGUCAGCAAUUGUCAAAAGAAAGUGAAAAUAGCGGAGAGAUGGGUGAAGAGCUCUUGGAACGCGACAAUGCCCUUGAAUUUGACUCAAUUUGUGAAGGAAUCUUGUGUGGUCGACAGAUAUAUGCAAACACGUCACUUUCCUAACCUUCGCAGACUCCCUAACAUGACUAAGAAGAAUAUGAAAACGGUCAGAAAUCAAUACUAUAUGACUCUGAAUCAAACGGGCGACCCAAAUCAGGCAAUGGUGAUGGUGAUAGCUUUGCUCGGAUUUGUGUUGACAAAUCCCGGAAACCCAUAUUAUCCAAAUGUGCUUCUCGAAAUGGCCAGUGUCUACAAUAAAUCUCUGAGCACGAUGUCCUCGAAGUAUCAAACAUCUGUCAUAGAAGCGUACACGUAUCUGAACUACUCGAAAGCAUAUGUCCGCUUGGAUCCGGCGUCAGCCUAUCGAAUUCUUUCCAAUCCCAACUUCACCUCCAACGAUUUUCUGCGAACC